GUUGACAGAGGUCCCCCUAGUCUGUAGAGAGGUCACUUUGCGUUUUUUUAAUAUUUCUAAGAAGCUUUGGUAUUCUACAUUGGCAUUGGUAUUUGUCAAGGCCGUAUUCAGGCUCUUUCAAACAAGUCAGACAGGCGGUUACUGUGAGCGAACACCAUGAUAAAGCGUGCGGUGUACCUGAUCAUACUGGUGCUGAUUCAUCUGGUGUAUGGCGUGACAUGGCUCUCGCUGCUGAAGCUCAGCCUGGGCAUCAUACUGGUGUUUUACAUCGCAGUGCCGCUCAUCUACCACUUUUGUCCGACCGUUCCGCGCCACCUGGUCUUCCUGCCCUUCUUGCGAUGGCCGCGGGGCAUCAGUUUCACCCAGCCGGAGCUGUCGGGCCUGCGGGCGGCGCGCAACUUUUACGUCACGACCUCGGAUGGCGUGCGCCUGGGCGUCUGGCACAUUUUGCCCGAGCAGGAGAUCGACCGCGUGUCUAACGGAGACGGGGAGCCGGACAGCACGGUCUUCGAGUCGCGUCUGUCCUCCGGGGCGCCCAUCAUCUUCUAUAACCACGGCAACUCGGGCUCCCGCGCCGGACCACACCGCGUCGAGCUGUACAAGGUGCUGCGCAAGAUCGGAUACCACGUGGUCUGCUUCGACUAUCGCAGCUACGCCGACUCGUCCCAGGUGAUACCUAGUGAAACGGGCGUCGUCUCGGACAGCAGGUUCAUGUACAAGUGGCUGCGACAGCGUGCCGGCCGCUCGCCCAUCAUCGUGUGGGGACACUCACUUGGCACCGGUGUGACCUCCCACAUGGUGGCUGACCUGUGUCUGGAGGGUGACCGUCCGACGGCGCUGGUCCUGGAGUCGCCCUUCAACAACAUCCAGGAGGAGGUCAGACUGCACAAACUGGCCUCGGUGAGUGAAUGA